AGGUUCCCUAACUGCCUUUUCUUUAGCCCCUUAAUGAGUGAUGGCACAAAUUCUGGCAGUGUUGGAAAUCUCAGUGGCUCUAUGCCAACAGCUGCACCACCUUCAAGUACCGGGGUAAGGAAGACCUGGCAUGAGCAUGUCACUCAGGAUCUGCGCAAUCACUUAGUACACAAACUCGUACAAGCCAUUUUUCCAACUCCAGAUCCAGCAGCUUUGAAAGAUCGGCGGAUGGAAAAUCUGGUGGCUUAUGCUAGGAAAGUUGAAGGCGAUAUGUAUGAAUCAGCUAAUAGUAGGGAUGAAUAUUACCAUUUAUUAGCAGAGAAAAUAUAUAAGAUACAAAAAGAGCUAGAAGAAAAACGGAGGUCUCGUUUGCAUAAACAAGGAAUCUUGGUUAAUCAGCCACCCUUACAAGCCCCUGGCUCUCAACCUCCCGGCAUUCCAGCGGUGGCAGCAACUGUGGGUCAAGCGCAGCCUGUGAGGCCACCCAAUGGGCCUGUAUCCAUGCCAAGUGUGCCUCUGGGCCGUAUGCAGGCGUCUCAAGGGAAUGCCCAAAUGCCCCCAGCAUCAGUCGGGCCUCGUGCGGCUUCUCCACUGAAUCACCCUGUUCAGAUGAACUCCAUGGCCUCUGUUUCGACGAUGGCUCUGUCUCCUUCCCGAAUGCCUCAGUCUCAAAAUGUGAUGGGAGCUCAUUCUGGCAACCUCUUGGGUCAGCCCACCAGCCAAACCCAAUUUCUGCCCCAGAAUCAAUAUUCUGCCUCUAGUGGAGUUUUGAAUGUCAACAGUACAGCCCUAGGGAAGCCAGCAGCACAGGCUGGGAUAGUACAGGGUCAGCUUCCUGGAAGUGCUGUUGCUAAUUCAGUUACCUUACUGGGAUCACAAAACAAUCAGCUCUCGUGCCCUCCAGUGAGCCAGUCACCCCUUCAUCAAGCCGCACCUCCAUUAUCCACAGUGGCUGGAGUGCCAUCUCUUCCACACCAAACCCCUCCAGGACUUACUCCACCACAGUCAGUUGUGUCUGCCCAGCCGUCCACCCCUGCCUCCUCGUCAGGCCAAGCUCCCACUCCAGCUGCUGGCUCAGUUCCCAAUGCCAUGCAGAUGCAAAGCACCCCUUCGGGGCAACUGGCAACACCAGCUCAGGUCACCCCUCAGCCUCAGACCCCCGUGCAUCCUCCAUCUGUGCCCACCCCACAACCCCUGCAGCCGCAGCCACCGCCAUUGUCAACCCAGGCACCCAGUACUCCGCUAUCUCAAGCCGCAGCAAGUACAGACAGUAGGAUACCCACACCUGCUUCUGUUGCCAGUGCUGACGUCAGUGCCCAGCAACUUGGUCAGGAAACACAAAUGCAGGAAAAUAAGCCAGAAGUCAUGAUGGAAAAAGCUGACUCAGAAUAUGUUGAGGCUCAACUGGAGCCGAAGCCAGAGUUGGAGGAGGAGGACAUAUCGGGACCUACAGGAGCCAAAGAAGAAGCUAAUGGGGUAGAUGGCAAGCAAGAGUCAAUGGAAAUAGAAGGAAAAAAAUCAGAACUAAAAGAGGAGGAAGAUGGGAACAGCAAUGGCACCAUAUCGCAGUCUACAUCACCAUCUCAGUCACGGAAGAAAAUCUUUAAACCUGAAGAAUUGCGCCAGGCCCUCAUGCCUACCCUGGAAGCUUUGUAUCGUCAGGAUCCAGAAUCAUUACCUUUCAGACAGCCUGUGGAUCCUCAACUUCUAGGUAUUCCGGAUUACUUUGACAUUGUGAAGAACCCCAUGGACCUUUCUACAAUUAAACGCAAGUUGGAUACAGGGCAAUACCAAGAACCGUGGCAGUAUGUGGAUGAUGUCUGGCUAAUGUUCAAUAAUGCCUGGCUUUACAACCGCAAAACAUCAAGAGUUUAUAAAUUUUGCACUAAGCUUGCAGAGGUCUUUGAACAAGAAAUUGAUCCUGUUAUGCAGUCCUUAGGAUACUGUUGUGGCCGCAAGUACGAAUUUUCUCCUCAGACAUUGUGUUGCUAUGGCAAGCAGCUGUGCACUAUCCCCAGAGAUGCUGCCUACUACAGCUACCAGAACAGGUAUCACUUCUGUGAGAGAUGUUUUACUGAAAUCCAGGGCGAAAACGUUACCCUGGGUGAUGACCCUGCCCAGACACAAACAACCAUCUCAAAAGAUCAUUUUGAGAAGAAGAAAAAUGACACACUUGAUCCUGAGCCUUUUGUUGAUUGCAAAGAAUGUGGCCGGAAAAUGCACCAGAUAUGCGCAUUACACUACGAUAUUAUUUGGCCUUCUGGUUUUGUGUGUGAUAACUGCUUGAAGAAAACUGGCCGAACACGCAAGGAGAAUAAAUUCAGUGCCAAAAGAUUACAGACUACCCGCUUAGGGAAUCAUUUGGAGGAGCGUGUAAACAAAUUUCUGCGGCGGCAGAAUCACCCAGAAGCUGGGGAAGUGUUUGUGAGAGUAGUGGCCAGUUCAGAUAAAACAGUAGAAGUCAAACCAGGAAUGAAAUCUCGAUUUGUGGAUUCUCGUGAAAUGGCUGAGGCCUUCCCUUACCGAACAAAGGCUCUGUUUGCUUUUGAAGAGAUUGAUGGUGUGGAUGUCUGCUUUUUUGGCAUGCACGUGCAAGAAUACGGAUGGGAUUGUCCACCUCCAAACACAAGGCGUGUGUACAUCUCCUACUUGGACAGUAUCCAUUUCUUUCGCCCAAGAUGCCUCCGGACUGCUGUUUAUCAUGAAAUCCUUAUUGGGUAUCUGGAAUAUGUCAAGAAAUUGGGGUAUGUGACAGGCCACAUCUGGGCCUGCCCACCAAGUGAGGGUGAUGAUUACAUCUUCCAUUGUCACCCCCCUGACCAAAAAAUCCCCAAACCUAAACGUCUGCAAGAGUGGUACAAGAAGAUGCUGGACAAGGCCUUUGCAGAGAGGAUCAUUCAUGAUUACAAGGAUAUCUUCAAACAAGCAACUGAGGAUCGGCUGACAAGUGCCAAGGAGUUGCCCUACUUUGAGGGUGAUUUUUGGCCCAAUGUAUUAGAAGAGAGCAUAAAAGAGCUAGAACAGGAGGAGGAAGAAAGGAAAAAGGAAGAAAGCACCGCAGCUAGUGAAACAAUAGAGGGAAACCAGGGUGACAGCAAGAAUGCCAAGAAGAAGAAUAAUAAGAAAACAAACAAGAAUAAAAGCAGCCUUAGCCGAGCCAACAAGAAGAAACCCUCCAUGCCUAACGUGUCAAAUGAUUUGUCUCAGAAGUUGUACGCCACAAUGGAGAAGCAUAAAGAGGUCUUCUUUGUGAUUCACCUGCACGCGGGGCCCGUCGUCAACACCUUGCCCCCCAUUGUGGAUCCAGACCCAUUACUUAGUUGUGAUCUGAUGGAUGGCCGGGAUGCUUUCCUCACUUUAGCAAGGGACAAGCACUGGGAGUUCUCCUCGCUACGUCGCUCCAAGUGGUCCACUCUGUGCAUGCUUGUGGAGCUGCACACCCAGGGGCAGGAUCGCUUUGUUUAUACCUGCAACGAGUGUAAACAUCAUGUGGAAACACGGUGGCAUUGCACAGUCUGUGAAGAUUAUGACCUCUGCAUUAACUGCUACAACAGCAAGAGCCAUGAGCAUAAGAUGCUGAAGUGGGGCUUGGGCUUAGAUGAUGAUGGGAACAGCCAAGGAGAACAGCAGUCCAAGAGCCCCCAGGAAUCCCGUCGGCUCAGCAUCCAGCGAUGCAUUCAGUCCUUAGUGCAUGCUUGCCAGUGCCGCAAUGCAAAUUGUUCGUUGCCGUCCUGCCAGAAGAUGAAGCGUGUUGUCCAGCACACCAAGGGCUGCAAGCGCAAGACCAACGGAGGCUGUCCUGUGUGCAAACAGCUGAUCGCCCUGUGUUGCUACCAUGCCAAACACUGCCAAGAGAACAAAUGCCCAGUGCCCUUCUGCCUCAACAUCAAGCAUAAGCUCCGGCAGCAGCAGAUCCAACACCGUCUGCAGCAGGCGCAGCUGAUUCGCCGCAGGAUGGCAACCAUGACCACCCGAAACGUGCCUCAGCAGAAUUUGCCUUCUCCUACCUCAGCAACGCCUGGGACCCCGACACAGCAGCCAAGCACCCCACAGACUCCCCAGCCCCCUCUCCAGCCUUCCCCCGUUAGCAUGUCGCCUGCUGGUUUCCCUACUGUAGGGAGAACGCCGGUGCCCCCUCCCAUUUCAGCGGGCAAGCCUUCCACCCAAGUGGCUGCCCCGCCUCCGCCUGCCCAGCCCCCACCGGGAGCUGUGGAAGCAGCCCGGCAGAUUGAAAUGGAGGCAGCCCAGCAGCAGCAGCAGCAGCAGCAGCAGCAGCUCUACCGGGUGAGCAGCAACGGCCUGCCUCCAGGUCGGACUGGGAUGGUGAGCACAGCCGUGGGAGCGGUGAAUCCCAUGCAGCAGGCUGGCAUGAACGUGCCCCGGCCUAACUCCGUCAGUGGCCCAAUAUUGCCCAACCUGCAGCCUGGGCAGUGGCAGUCGUCAUCUCCAGUGCCCCCACAGCAGCAGCCAGGAAUGCCAAGGCCAGUCCUGCCCAUGCCUGGCCAACAAACAGUAACUGGCCCAAGGAUGCCAGGCGUGCAGCCACCAGCCCGAACGAUUCCUCCAAACGCUUUGCAAGAGUUACUGCGGACUUUGAAAUCUCCCAGUUCCCCGCAGCAGCAGCAACAGGUGCUGAAUAUUCUGAAGUCGAACCCACAGCUCAUGGCAGCUUUUAUAAAGCAGAGAACAGCCAAAUACGUAGCAAACCAGCCUGGCAUGCAGCCCCAGCCAAGCAUUCAACCCCAGGCAGGCAUGCCACAGACUCCGAGCCCACUGCAGCAGCAGCAGCAGCAGCAGCAGCAGCCUCCCCCAGCAGGGUUGCAUGCUCAAGCAGGCCUGCAGAAUCUGAGUGCACUGCCAGCAGGCGUCCCGCGACCGGGGGUCCCUCCCCAGCAAGCAGCCAUAGGAGGAGGCCUGGCUGCACAGGGCCAGUCAAUCAGCAUCAUGAACCCAGCUCACAAUCCGGCUAUGGCCAACAUGAGUCCUCAGUACAGGGAGAUCCUGAGAAGACAAUUACUGCAGCAGCAGCAGCAGCAAGGAGGAGCUGGGCUGGCCACUCACAGCCAGUUCCCGCAGCCUCCAGGCCCCGGAGUUUAUGCCCAAGCCAUUCAGCAGCAGCGGAUGCAGCAGCAGCAGCAGCAGCAACAGCAGCAUCUUUCAAUCCAAGCAGGGGCCAUGGGGCAGCUAGCUCAGAUGGGGCAGCUGAAUCCUAUGGGGCAGCCGGCCAUGGGAGCUGAGGGCAGCCCUAACAUCCAGCAAGCUCUGCAGCAGCGACUCCUGCAACAACAGCAGCAGCAGCAGCAGCAACUUAAACCCCCGAUGGGCUCCCCAGGCCAGCCAAAUCCCAUGAGCCCCCAACAGCAUCUGCUCUCAGGACAAGCCCCCACGUCCCACCUCCCUGUCCAGCCAAUCAACGCCUCCCUCAGCAACCAGGUGCGCUCUCCGGCACCCGUUCAGUCCCCCAGGCCCCAAUCCCAGCCACCACAUUCCAGCCCAUCCCCCAGGAUACAGCCCCAGCCUUCUCCUCACCACGCCUCCCCCCAGACUGGCUCACCUCACCCUGGGUUGGCUGUUACAAUGGCUGGCUCCAUGGAACAGGGACACCUGGGAAACCCAGAGCAGAGUGCAAUGCUUCCCCAGCUCAACCCCCCAAAUAGGAACGUGUUACCCAAUGAGCUGUCCCUGGUUGGCGAUACCACAGGAGGUGACACACUAGAAAAAUUUGUGGAGGGCUUGUAGCAUCCCAUAGUUUCUCUCAUGUUCCUGGACUUCUUGAACUGAAAAAGACUUGCAGCUCGACCUAAACCCUAGAUGGGACUGAUUCAUCCUCUUCCUGUGAAUGGAUGAAUGGCUGUUUAAAAAAAAGAGAAUAUAUAUUUUUUUGUUAAAGCCAGCCAGGUGUGGUUAAAAUAUCUGGUCUCUUUGUUGUGGGUUUUUUUUAGUUGUUAUCGUUGACUUUACUUUUUUAAAGGGGAAAAUGAGUCCAUUAUAUUCAUAUUUUUAUUUGUACUUUCAAGACUAAGCAGUGGUGUUUAGCAGAGAAGAAAAAUAUUCACAUUCUAAUGUAUCUUGCUAAGUUUCUGACAUUUGGCAGAAAGGUUUUUUUUUUUUAGUCUUAUUCUAUUCUGGAUUUUGCAAGUAUCCUAAGUAUUAUUACCCCUGGGAAAGAUAGGAACUGACUCUUGCACACACAGACACACAUUGCAGACGUAGAAAUUGUUGCUUGUUUCUCUGACAAAACUGGUUUUAGAUUUUAAAAAAUAGGGACACUCACUACUUAGGACAUAUUAAUUUUAACAGGGAAGAAGUGUAUUCAGUAAUUCUUUGAUGUGAACUUGAACUGAGGAAAAGCAAUUACAGUGUAAAUCAUGCAAACUCUAUUAUUACUAUAAAUAUGAACAAUUCAAGAUUCAAUCACUGUAUAGAGGGGGGAACAAACUCAUUUCUUACUUCUAUAGCAUAUUGUUAAAUAAACUGUGUGCAACAGACAAAAAGGAUGUCCUUGAAUUCAUGUACAUGGUAUUAACUUAGUGUUUGGAUUUUUUGUUAUGAAAAUGCUGUUUUCAACAUUGUAUUUGGACUAUGCAUGUCUUUUUUCCAUUGUAUAUAAAGUAUUGCUUAAAAGUGAUAUAAAUUACUGGUUUUUAAAAUGUUUGUCCUUCAAAA